AUGCUUGGACUGCUGCGAGACGCGUUGGCGGGGGAGGUGGAGAAGACAAGCAGGCCUGUUAUGACAGAGCUGAAGCAGCUACCAACUGCCUGCUACAAGAAAGCAGACCAGCAUGUCUCUCAUUGCCAUGGCGCGAUGGCUGCUAUGGGACUCACUAUCGGCAAGAAUGGUCAACUCGUCAUCAGCAACAAGAAAGCAUUUGAGACCAGCAAAGAACCGCAGCAGGUUUGA